GCACACCCAUUCUUCGCUCGACUAGCUCAGGAAGGAAAGAGUAUUUAAUUUAUCGAGUCGAUCCUCUGAUUGUACAAUUGCCCUUUUCUGUCUCUCUCCAACUGAUCUCAAUCUCUGAUAGCUGGAUAGGCUUGAAGAUAGACAUCGAAGCAGAUAAUACUUCCAUUAAAAGUUUUUGGAGAUGUUUCUACAGUGUGUCAUUCUUUCCUUUGUCUUGUUUUUAUGCACUGCUACUACAGUCCGCAAGGGUGGUGGUAUAGGAAGAACAACCUCUUUCCAAUGCGAUGGAGAAGCACCAUAUACUUGGACUAUCAGUAAUGGUGAAUCACCACCCUAUCAAAGCAAUAUACAACAGAGUGGUGAUAUACUGAAAAUUACUAGCAUAGUAUAUCAACAUGAAGGAAACUAUACUUGCAAAAAUGAUAGAUUCGAGCUUAUAGUACUGGCUGUUGUUAAGUUUCAAGGUGAUUGUUCUCCAUACCAGGAUUGUGACUUAGGAGUGACCAGCACUCUACCUGAGGGACAGCCAAUCCCACUCAACAUAUCAUAUGACUUUGUCAAUGGAGGGCCAAGGGGCGAGAAUCAAAUGGUUGAAUUUAUGCGUUUCAAGCAAGAUGGAGCAAGUCUGCUUAGUUGCAGCAGUGCUGGUUGUUCCAUUCCCUACAAUGUCCCAAAUGUAGUGAAAAGCUCUGACAGUAACAUUAAUAAUAUUCAAGCUAAUGUGACGGAUGACAGACCUAUCAAUGCUAGCAGGGUCUUUGUCGUUGAACUUGAUAUUAAAAGCACGGGUAACUUGUAUGAGACCAUAACAGCCACCUUUACAGUCAGUGUGACCUCCACCAGUACAGUACUCCCAACUUCUUCAAGUAUUAUACCAGCUGACACUACUUCAAGCAGUGUGGUAGCAGUACCAAUGACUAGUACUGUAAUAAUUGAUCCUCCUCUAACAUCCACUGCUUUCAUUCCAUCUCCCUCUCCCAGUACCUCUUCUUCCGCCUCUGAGUCUGUUUUGUCACCACCUCCUUCCUCAACCAAUAAACCCGAAGGGCCUUCUUCCUCUUCCUCAUCUAUUUCCUCCUCCUCUUCCUCAUCUAUUUCUUCCUCCUCUUCCUCAUCUAUUUCCUCCACUUCCUCGCCAGUGAUUACCGCCCCACCAGUUCCUACUGCUAUUUCAGAUCCCUCUGAAGACCACGUUGUACUUGCUUCAAUUUUAUCCGCUUUCAUUGUAACGAUCAUUGUUAUAGUCCUCUUCUUGGCUGUCCCUUUUCUAAUACUCUACAAUUCCAAACGAUCCACGAGUGUCUCUAGUGGCGUCAAUAAUAGUCAGGAAACUCUUGAUCGACCGCCUGAGAUUGUAAUUGAGCGAUCAACACGGACUGAAAUUACUGAAACUGCGAUUUAUGCCGAAAUCAAGCCAGUGAAUGAUGAGAUGCUCUCUCAUAAUGUCAUAAGGAACAUACACUACGUCAGUAAUGGCUCAUCGAGUUCUAGUAUCACUGAUGGGCAGUCCUAUGUAGACUACUCACCUUAUGACAUCCCUCCAGUAGUUGGAGAACUUAAGUCAGAUUUAAAUUCAGAUUGGACACCUGCAGUAUAGAAGUCAUGCAUAGUUAAAUGAACACUGCAAUUAUUUCAUUCUUAUCAUUCUUAAUUCCUUCUCUCUCUUUCUUUUUUUUUAAUUUCUCUCUUUUAUACUCACCUCCUCUCUCUGUCUCUGUCUUUCUGUUCUUGUUUUAUCGAAUACUUUUUAUGUAUUAAAA